AUGAAAUUCAACACCUUUCUCGCUCUUAUCAUUUUCGCAAUUUUCUGCCUAGUUGCUAACGUAUAUGAAGUAAAUGCAUCAACGAUCAAACUCAAAUCUACUUUCUCGCAGAGUUCAAAUGGAAGAGCAGAUAUAUAUGAGUGUGACAGUAGUAAUGAACCAUGGUCAGAUAGCCAUCUAUAUUUUUACAGCAAUCAAUCCGAAUGUUUAAUGUUUAGCACUUCAGUGUCACUUUCCACAUAUUGUUUUCAUCUCCGUGUUGAUAAAGCUGAUCAAUGGAUAGACAAUGUUGACAAUAGUCAAGACACAUGUUACGAACUUGAUGGAUCCGAAUAUACCUGGACAUUAAGCUCAAUAGAUUGUGGACAAAUUCCUUCGGACAUAGUAAAUUGUGAUAAAUAA